AUGAAACUUUUACAAAGUGGUCGCUUGGAAGCACUGAGCAGUGCACUGUCUAUACUAAAUGGGGACAGCGCUGUACAAGGCCGAGUAGAAAGCUACAGCUGUAAGAUGGCUGGUGGUGAGAAAGCUUUCUACAAAAGGUUCACAGCAGCUGGUGAGACGACUCACAACCUUCAGGCUUUGUCUCCACCUGAAGGUUUCUCUUAUAGUCGGAGCCUUUCGGGUGAUGAGGAGGGUAUUCUAUGUGAUACAAUAUCACGAAAAACAUUGUUUUACCUCAUUGCUACCUUGAAUGCUGCUUUUCCUGAUUAUGACUUUUCAAUGGCCAAGAGUAGUGAAUUUAGUGCAGAACCAUCACUUACAUGGGUUCAAAGUGCUGUUGAUGCUGCCUUGUCUGCUGUUGGUGGAGUUCGCUGGAGGCAGCUUAAGCCAGCCCUUUGGGCAGCGAUUGAUGAAGAGGUGCAGUUGGCCGACUGUAGAAUAUAUAGCUACAACCCCGACCUAGCCAGUGAUCCAUUUGGAGAACCUGGAUGCUUAUGGACUUUUAACUUUUUCUUUUACAAUAUAAAGCUGAAACGAAUGGUUUUCUUCACCUGCAGGGCAAUGAGUCCUGUGUGUGCUGAUUCGGGUGUUGAUUUUGCAAUGGACGAAGAUGAAGAAUAUGACUAA